CUCCUCACCAACGGCGAACUUUGAAGCAAAUAGCUAACCAACCCACAUAAUGCCUUGAACGGAAGCCCUAGCCAGCUCAAAACCACCCCUCCUGCUCGCUUCGCCUCUUCUCCCACCACUCUCCGAUGGAGUUCACCGGACUAAUUUUCUCCGUCCUACUCUCAACACUUCUCCUGCGUUCGGCGGCGCAAACUGACGCCGGCGAUGUCGCCGCAAUGCACGCCCUGUCCCUUAGCCUCGGCGCGGACCGAGCCCUGGGAUGGUCACAGUCAUCCGACCCCUGCUCAUGGAGCCGCGUCACCUGUUCUAAUGGCCGCAUCGUUGCCAUCCAGAUCGGAAACCAGAGUCUCGCCGGCACCAUCCCCAAAGACAUCGCUAACCUCACCGCCCUCACUCGCCUGGAGCUUCAGUUUAAUGAGAUAUCCGGCGAUCUGCCUUCCCUCUCCUCGCUCACUUCCCUCCAAACUCUUCUUCUCCACAACAAUCUCUUCUCUUCGAUCCCCGCCUCCUUCUUCUCGGGUCUCACUUCUCUCACCGGUGUUUACCUAGACAACAACCCUUUCAAACCAUGGCAGAUUCCGGCUUCGCUUCGUGACGCCGGCGGCCUUGUUAAUUUCUCCGCUAACUCUGCUAAUGUCUCCGGCUCCGUUCCAGAGUUUUUAGCCACCGCCUUCCCCAGCCUCAAUCACCUCGCGCUCGCCUUCAAUUUGCUUUCAGGUACCGUACCGUCUGCCUUCGGUGGCUCCAGCGUCAGGUCAUUCUGGCUCAACAACCAGCGCGGUGGCGCUUCCCUCUCCGGUGGCAUCGCGUUUCUUCAGAGCAUGACUGGUUUGGAAGAGCUCUGGCUACACUCCAACUCCUUCUCCGGACCUCUGCCGGACUUCUCCGGCCUCGUUAAUCUUCGAGAUCUCGAGCUUCGGGAUAAUCAGUUCACUGGUCCUGUUCCUAGUUCACUCACUUCACUUAAAUCACUCUCCAAGGUCACUCUCACAAAUAAUCUCCUUCAAGGGCCGGUACCUGAAUUCCCCGUCUCCGUCAAGGUUGUCGACCUCGUCACCAACUCAGAGAGAUUUUGUUUACAAAAGCCGGGAGUUCGCUGCGAUCCACGCGUUGAUGUUCUGCUUUCGAUUGCGGGCUCUUUAGGUUAUCCUUUCCGCUUCGCAGAUAACUGGAAGGGAAACGACCCCUGUAGCGGAGGAUGGCUGGGAAUCGCUUGUGACAAUGAAGGCAACAUUACUGUUGUUAAUUUUCAGAAUAUGGAGUUAAACGGUACGAUCUCGCCGGACUUUGCGAAGCUUCCAGCGCUUCAGAGGCUUCUCCUUUCCAACAACAAUCUCACCGGAGCUAUUCCGUCUACACUCACCAGUCUGACUUCUCUCAAGGAACUGGACGUUUCCGACAAUUCACUUAAUGGUAAAGUUCCCAGCUUUUCAAAAAAUGUUCUUUUGAAGACACAAGGGAACCCAAAUAUCGGUAAGGAUAUUCCCACUCCUGGCUCUGGCUCCGGUGUAGCUCCUAGCAGCGAUAACGUUCCUGGUUCUAACGGUUCUAAUGGAGGUGCCGACAAAGGGAACGCCUCAUCUUCUUCAGUUGGAAUUAUUAUUGGCUCUGUUCUCGCCGUCUUAUUUGCAACCUCCCUUUUUGCCUUCUUGGGUUUGUGCUAUUAUAAGAGGAAAAAACAGCAUUUCCACCGAGUUCAGAGUCCAAACACUACUGUAAUUCACCCCCGCCACUCUGGUUCGGAUCCGGACACAGUAAAGAUUACAGUCGCAGCAGGACCGAGCACGAAUACAGGAGCUGCCGAUAGGGAAAACCAUAGCCAAGCAAGGAACUCUCCAAGUGAUGUGCAAGUAGUUGAAGCUGGAAACAUGGUUAUUUCGAUCCAAGUUUUGAGGAAUGUAACCAACAAUUUCAGCGAAGAAAAUGUUCUCGGCCGAGGAGGAUUUGGUACAGUUUACAGGGGCGAGCUACACGACGGCACUAAGAUUGCUGUGAAAAGAAUGGAGUCCGGUGUGAUGGGAUCAAAGGGUUUGAAUGAAUUCAAAUCAGAGAUUGCCGUUCUCACAAAAGUCAGGCAUCGGAACUUAGUUUCACUCCUCGGCUACUGCUUGGAUGGGAAUGAGAGGCUCUUGGUUUAUGAGUAUAUGCCACAGGGGACGCUAAGCCGCCACCUGUUUGGCUGGAAAGAAGAAGGUUUGAAGCCUUUGGAGUGGAAGAAGAGGUUGAGCAUCGCCCUGGAUGUAGCGAGGGGGGUAGAGUAUUUGCAUAGUCUUGCUCAUCAAAGCUUUAUUCAUAGAGAUUUGAAGCCCUCCAAUAUACUUCUUGGAGAUGAUAUGAAGGCCAAGGUGUCUGAUUUUGGGCUUGUUAGACUGGCUGAUGGUAAAGGAUGCUCUGUGGAGACUAAACUUGCAGGGACUUUUGGGUAUCUUGCUCCUGAAUAUGCUGUGACUGGCCGCGUGACCACCAAAUCCGACGUAUUCAGCUUCGGCGUCAUACUAAUGGAGCUCAUCACCGGCCGAAAGGCAUUAGACGAAACCCAGCCGGAAGAAAGCAUUCAUCUUGUCACAUGGUUCCGCCGCAUGCAACUCAACAAAGAAACCAACUUCCACAAAUCCGUCGUGGAUCCCAUCAUCUACUCCGCUGAUGACGAAGAAACCCUCACAAGCAUAACCACCGUGGCCGAGCUCGCCGGCCACUGCUGCGUCCGCGAGCCACACCAGCGCCCGGACAUGGGCCACGCCGUCAAUGUCCUCUCGACUCUCUCCGAGAUCUGGAAGCCAUCUGAUCCCAACAUGGAAGAGAGCUUCGGCAUCGAUUUGGACAUGACGUUGCCGCAGGCGCUCAAGAGGUGGCAGGAGUUCGAGGACGGAGACGGGGCGACGUCGUCGUCAUCGUUUUUUGCCGGAAUUGAUAGCACGCAUACGAGUAUUCCGACAAGGCCGCCAGGUUUUGCGGAGUCGUUUACGUCGGUGGAUGGAAGAUGAGAGCUUUGGUGGCCGGAGAUAUCGAUGACGGCCGGGUGCGUACCGUUGCCUUCUAAAUUUGUUGUUCAUUCUCUGUUUUUCAUCUUUGGUUGGUUGAUUUGGUUUUGAUGGGUGUCUUUUUGUAUCAUGAAAUUAUGGCGGUGGUGGACUUAAUUUAAAUUAAGUUUACUAACCUUUAAUGUAAUUAAAAAUUUCAUUUUUCA